AAUCAACUGCAUGUCUAUCGCACAGAGAAUACUACGCAAACCUCCACCAAAUGGAUCGGUUGGGAUUAUAGGAGCCGGAGUCUCUGGUCUCUCAUUUGCGUACUUCUUGACCAAGCUUCGACCAGACUUGUCUGUGACUAUUUUGGAGUCAGGCUCGAAGACUGGUGGCUGGAUUCAAACCACAGAAUUACAAAACACAAACAGCCAAAUAACACUUGAAAAAGGCCCAAGAACGCUACGUGGAGUCAGUGAUGGAACCUUGUUGAUCUUGGAUAUGCUUGUACAAAACGGCUAUUCCAAUCAGAUCAUGGUGAUGAAGUCUAGUUCGGUUGCGAAUAGAAAGUAUCUCUUGGACUCCAACUAUAACAUCGUCCCUGUUCCUCAUUCAUUUGGCUCGUUUGUGAAGUUCAGUGGAUCUGAACUUUCUCAUGGGCUUUCUGGGAGCAUUGUGAGAGACUUUUGGAACAGAAAAGGAGACUCGAAAGAUGAAAGUGUCGAACAGUUCUUUAAAAGAAGGUUUGGAAGUACUUUGCUAACUGAUCGAAUUCUUAGUGCUAUUUUGCACGGCAUCUAUGCCGGGGAUAUUUCCAAGCUUAGCGUAAAGUCACUCUUUCCGAGCCUUCAGAAGUACGAACAAAACGAUGGCUCCAUCAUAAAGCCCAUGCUAAAGUCUGGAAUGAAGUAUAUUUUCAGCCGGGAAGAGCGAGCUCGAAGAACACAGACAAGUUUACCUGAGUCGUUGAAAUCGUACGAACAGAAGGUGGCAUCAUCUUCAAACUUGACCAAUCUACGGGUUGCUCUCAAAGGACACCCAAUUGUUGCUAUGAAAGAUACAUUGGCAGUGUACCCCCGGAUGAUCACAAGCGUUUUGCAGCACAAUCCCAAGGUCAAGUUCAUGUUCAACACCAAAAUCACCGAGGUGUGUACGGACUCUGGAGUUGUGAAAAUAGCAGACGGAACCUCUUUGCAAUUUGACCAUAUAAGGUCAACCAUUAAUGUCAAUAGUCUAGCUAAGCUUGUGGAUUCUACCUCGCUUGCAGAUCAGUUGAAGAGCAUCGAAUAUGUGAGUGUGUUCAUGGCCAACAUAUACUCUCCCAACCCCAACAUAAAACACAAAGACAUUAGUGGGUUUGGCUUUUUGGUCCCCAAAUCGGCUAGAAACAAAGAGUAUUUGUUGGGAACGAUAUUUGAUUCUGACAUCGCAGGUCAUGUCUAUCCAUUGAGCGAUGAGCCUUCUUCUAACAGUGUUAAAUCCACAAAUAUGACCAUGAUGUUAGGAGGUCACUGGUACCAACUGGGGAUACCAUCCACGGAACUCUCGUUGAAGGCAGUUAAAACAACGUUGGAAAAAGUGUUUGAUGUGGACUUGAACGACUUCAAUAUCAUUCUCCGUGAUGAACAACGUACCGAUGAUAAAAGGGUAGCUCUCACAGACAAAGAUAUUGUCAUUUCAUAUAAUAUGCACCGAAACUGCAUACCCCAGUAUAAUGUCGGGUACGAGAACACCAAAACCAAGGUCCAUGAUCUCUUGAACCUGGAAUCCAAUCGGCUUUCCGUUGGUGGAAUGUGCUUUGGAAGAGGAGUGGGCGUUCCCGAUUGUGUGAUGAACUCGUUGGAUGAUGCACUCCUAUUAUAGGGUUACCAAAACAUGUACAUACUUUCUCCAAUUGAGUACUAAUGCAGUGGUGCUACUAAAACAUGUAUAUAGAUAUUUCCCGAUUGUGUAUUAAACUCGUUGAUGAUGCAGUCACCUUACAGUGCUGCUAAAAUACAUGUAUAUAGAUUAUAUGGUACAGUAGUAUCAGACUUCCUCUUGUUGGUCAUGUAGCUCGAUACGCUUGAUCAACUUGGACUUCUUAUGAGCAAAAGCUGCUUUUAUGGACUUUCCAAAGAACUUUUGUUCCUGAAGUCGGGUGAGAGCCACUUGGGCUUCUGUGAUAUUGCUGAAUACCACGUGAGCUUGUCCCCUCAUUCGCUUGCUCUUUGGUUUGAUAAUUAUGUCAAUUACAUCCCCAAAGCUGGUGCACAACAAAUAGAGAUUUGCCCGGGUCGUUUCGGGGCUGAUUUUGUCAUUAAGGUUUUGUAUGUACAAUGUUUGACUUAUUCUGGGGUCAAGACGUACUUUCUUUUCCUUGGUACUAUAGUGAGUGUCAGAGUCUUCACGACUUCGUUUCUUGUCCAUGGUUGCGGAUGA